AUGCUUCGCCAUUACCACAUGUCCGUAACGGAAAAUUUCUCGCAUAAAAUUGACAAAGAUUUGAUAAAGAGACGUUAUUUCUAUGACUGCCUGGUAGUCCCUAGCGGGCAGGUAACAUCUAGCUGCUUGGUUGCAAAGUCAGCGAAAAAUUUGCCGAAAUCUGGAUGUAUGCUAGAUAGGAAGGUAGAAUGGUAAGGCAUCUCGAACACUCUGCUAAAUAUGACGACCCAAAAUUGGGUAGCUAUUUUUUUAUUUAUCGUUGAUUUGCAUAAUUUCGCAAAUGUUUUGAGGCUGAUCUCCGCUUAUUCGAAAAAGAAGGCUUUUUGUGAUGAAACAUUGCAUUCAAUAUUUCAGACAGUUUCUAAACUUUUGCUGUUCCGUACGUUCGAAAAACAGUAGAAGUUUAUUUUAAAAAAAGAUUUAUUGAUAAGAUUCCUUUCCUUAUGAGUCAAAUUGAGUGUUAAAUCGGGGUGCAGUUUAAUUUUAUUCUUCUAAACUUUUCUAUCAACAAUUUUUUGUCCGCAAUCCUUUGUAAACGUAUAGAAUUUGUCGAAUUUUUCGCUGAUUGUUGCACUUUCUGCAUUGCGAAAGCACUGUUCAUGUUUUUAGCCCAUUAUGGUUGGGGUUACUCCGAUCUCAAAAUCAUAUCCCAUCCUGACGAAACCGAGUGUACAACCCGAAAUUAGUGGAUUUGUGUAUUUAUUGGCGUCGAUGGCCGUAAUCGGCGGCUUUCUCUUCGGCUAUGACACUGGGAUUGUUUCAUCGGCCAUGUUGUUUGUUGGAAAUAACCAGGGGAUGAGGCCGAUGACGCAUUUCUGGCAAGAACUUAUUGUUGCGAUCACGCCGGGUAAGGGAUUUUCAUAUAAAUGGGUUUUUUAUGGCUGCAGUUUUGCGUUCCCAAUCUCCAUUUUUGUGUUUUAGGAGCCGCCGCUCUUGGAUCUCUGUUCGCCGGCACCUGUGGCGACAGGUAUGGCCGCAAAAAGCUGAUUAUCAUAAGCUCGUUUAUCUUCAUGAUUGGUGCUCUUGUGUGUGGUGCUGCUGUUAAUAAGAUUAUAUUGGUAUUUGGGCGAAUACUCCUUGGCAUCGCUAUUGGUAAGCUGUUCAUACACUCUGUCGCGACUAUUCUAGUCCGUUAGCAAAAUUGCUGCAGUGCAUUCUGCGGCAUGUGAAAAAAAAAAAAAAAAUUUUUUUGCACCGCGAUAGGCUUUUUCGGCCCGUCGCGCGCACCUGGGGUUUGCUGCACAGCGCAGACACUAAAAAUCACUCCAGCUACUUUAUGAAGCGGAGUAGUAAUGACUUGCCAAAUAUUCCAGGAGUUGCCUCGAUGAUUGUCCCCGUAUAUGUUGGAGAAUGCUCUCCGGCCCAUGUGCGAGGCAAACUGUUGACCGGUUUCAAUAUGAUGGUCUGCUUCGGCCAAAUGGCGUCUAAUAUUGUCGCCGCGGGCUUCUCGUAUAUUGAUGAUGACAAUUGGGGAUGGCGGUUGAUGUUCGGAUUCGCGGCGGUGCCGGCAGUCAUUCAGUUCGUUGGAUUCUUCUUUCUACCCGAGAGUCCAAGAUGGCUGUACAAUCAUGUUGGAGAAAAGGAGAGUCGAGCAGUAAGUGAAAUUGAUUCAUAGCUAUGUCGAAGGACGGUCGUCUAAAGCUCGAAAAAUAGUCAUCGUGUGGCGUAAUUUGCUAGUAAAAUUGGCUGUAUAGCGCCAACGGUAGUCGAAUCGAAGAGACUUUUGUAAUGUUCUAGGUGUGGAUGAAAGUCUACGGCGAUGAUGAGUGGGUAAAUUACGAACUCCAAGAGAUUGCCGCCAUUAACGCUGUUAGUCAUACAGAGCCCGAUCAAAGCGUUUUCUCGAAAAUUAUCCGCACAACUCAUCUUCGAAAAGCAUUGUUAAUUGGAUGUUCACUACAACUGUUCCAACAGUUGGCCGGAAUCAACACAAUCAUGUACGUUUUUACCUAACAAACCGUGUAAAUUGGAUUUCUUCACCGUGUACGGUCGCUAUGUUUCAGGUACUACACUGGAGCGCUAGUAAAGUCUACGGGAAUCAAGGAUAAUCACAAAACAAUCUGGGUGUCAUGUGUAAUCUCAUUCGUGAACUUCAUUGGAAAUUUAAUCCCAUUCCUGGUUGUGGAGCGGAUCGGAAGACGUAAGGCGCUGUUGAGCAGUACAUUGACAGUGUCGUUGGCGCUAGCGGCGCUGGGAACCGCAUUUUUAAUGGUGAACCGGGAUACCAUGGCUACUACGGGCUACGGCGAGAUGGAAAGAAUUGUUGGACGCAAGGUGCCGCUGGAUGGAGAUCAAUGGCUGGCAGAACAUUGUUUGGCGUUAAGGUGAGAGUUUGAGACUUAAGAUUGAAAAUUUUGGGAACAAUGUUUUGAUUAUGAGAGUCCGUGUCUUAUCAUUUUUCUUGUCAUGGCGUUGAAUUGAUAUGGGGGUUCCGGGUAAAUUCAAAUUGCUUUUCGGUCGUGUUGCCCGUCAAUGGACUUUUUUUGCUCCACUGUACUGGCUCCUGUGUUGGGCUUUGCACGUUGAAGGACAAAAAAAAAACAAUAUGGCGUGCCUCACCAUUAUGACCGAAACAAAGUUUGAAUCUUCCCGGAACCCUUCUUACAUGCUGUCUCAAACUAUGUACUGAAAGAGAGAAAGCGGUUUAGCAGUUGUCUCAUUCUGCGAAGGCUUUUGUCAUCCACCUGAAAAAGUGUUCAACGUCGGAUUUUGAUGAAAGUUGGCGCAAAUUGGAACUCGGGUUUUCAAAAACUAAAAGAUUUUUGAUCCUGACUUGAAACCAUUGAGGUUUUACAGGAGAAAUGUCGCUGUCUGCGAUCUAAAAAUGUAAAAUUUUCUGCCUCGCUGUCUGAAAAAAAAUUAGCCAAAAUUCAUGCCGAGCUUCAUUUAAAAUUUUCUGUCGCACGUCUAUCUCUUCCUCCCCUGUGGAUCAUGAAUCAACGUUGUUUUUUCAAUAGCAAUAGCUAAUCGGAGUAUCUAUUCCUUUUUUUUUGGAUUUCUCAUGUUUCCACACUAAACGAUUACGCAUCCUCGACCUUUCAAAAUUCACAAUGCAUCACAUGACAGAGUAAAUUUGCAAACAAUCUUCCAUUAUGAUUCUCCAUUCUAUAGGUACAACGUUUAAAUUACAAAUUGCAAGAAAUCCCUUUUUGGUACGUAAAUAACACGUGAAAUUUUCUGUAGUAAUGUAAACUUUCCCUCCGACGCUUUUAUUAAUCUUCGACUCGGAUUGUUAUGGUUAUUUGUUCCAUUUUUUCGAAUUUGUUUGAACAAACAGUUAGAGGCGACAAAUUUUUGAAUUUAAAGGUUCAAUUCAAACUACUAACAAUUGUAAGGUCUGUUAGAGCGGGACGUUUUAUUAGAUGGUCUUUUGGGGAUUGAGGAGCGUCAUUCUUAUAGGUGAAGAUGCCAUAUAAAUAUAUAGAACGUGGCCAGGCGUGAUUGGCCAAAAAUAGAAACGAGUUACUUCCACGAAAAACAACUCUACUUCUACAUAGCUUGCAUGAGCUUUUCAUCAUAGAACUCGCAAAAAAUUGUAACGCUUUUCCAUAUUGUCAUCUUAAAAUCUCGAUCGUUUCUGCAAAGCGCGAGCUAGGAGUCUCGCAUGUCUUAGAAAAAUUGUUCUAAAUUUGCGCCAAAUUUCAUAAAAGUCUGAACCUCUAACUUGGAAUACUUCCACUAUUUUAAUGCAGACGUUGAGCAGCUCUCUGAUCAAAACAGACAAAAAUCCGAUUUCAAGGUGAUUCACUCCGAGCUGAAAGCUCAUUUACUCUGUUGAGGGAUUACCUAAAUCCACUCGCUUUUCGAAGUUGUAAAAAUAAAACGAACGGAGUGAAAGUUAUGAGGUCUGAGCGCAUUUCAAAAAAAAAACGUUCCGAAAACCCUUCAUUUUUGUUGUUUUUUAUUCAUUUGAUGUCUGAUUUUGAUGGUUUGAUGUCUGAUUAUGUAAGCUAGGGGCAAGGGGCGCAACAGCGACGAGGCGACAAUGGGAUACAUAAGCUUGUAGGUAUUGAUGGAAUAUAGUUUUUGGUUCAUGCUUUUCCUGCAGCUGAAAUUAAAAACUCCAAAAAAUUUUUGUGCCUCAGGGUAGCGGAAAUAUUAAGAACAUGGAAUCAACUGGUGAAGACGUAGAGGUUGCAGUUUUCGAGUUUCGGUCUGGUCCAAAUUAAGUCGGCGGGGUAAAAAGAGAUCGGCGCUGGAAAAAAUUGACCUUACACAUUUGCAAAAGGUGUUAAAGGCUUUUUGGCCGACCUAAUCUUCUGAAAUAUAUUUCAGCAAUUACCUACUGAUAAUAAAUUUCCCUUUUACAUUAUAAACUUGGACUUACAAUUAGAGCGCAUCAGUAGUUCGUCAGGUUUUGAAUAUUAGACAUCUCUCGCAAGCUCAGAGUAGGCUCCACAAUGGCAAAUUUUUAUGACUUGAAAAGAGUUUAUCUCUCCGUAUUUGUCAUCAGAAAUCACUGUUAGUUGGUGCAUAACAACCAUAGAAAACGCAAUCUUAUCAGCUCAUUCCGGUGGAAAUAAUUUUCCUGUCCAAUUUGAUGACCAUUCUCAUUCCUUUAGUUUUUAAAAAAAUUCCUUACAAGGGAAUGGUCUGAACUUCCCCCAGCGUUAAGGAAAAUGACUGAUACAGGUGGAUAGCGCAGGUCGACUUUGGUAGAAAAAGGCAAUUUCCAGCUGCAAAAUAAGCACGGCCGACGAGAAAAAUCGACCGAAAGUUCCGAAAAAAUUUCCUCUUUCUCUUCCCUCGGAAAAGAAGGGGAGCUUCUAGUGGUUCGGUUGGUCGAGUGGAUAGAGCGUCCGCUCGGCAUCCUUUUGGGGGUUGGUUCGAUUCCGGGGCAGAGCGAGUCUAUGAUAAGGCUUCAGUGACCAAGAUAAACUCUUAUGAACCAAAAAAAAAAAUUAUUUUUCAAUUUUUAGAUUUUCUAGAGAUCAUAAAACACAUAAAAAAAGGAUUUCCAUGUAAAUUCAGCCAAUUUUUUUUCUGGAAGAUUUCAGAACGUUCCCAAUCAUACUCCAAUAAGGAGCAAACUGAAGCACAUCUUGAUCACAUCGGGGGUUUUGACAAACGUCCACUAGUGUUCGGAAAACAGACAGUCCAUGACUAGAUUAUUGAAUAUGACUGGAACCGUUCUGGAAUCUUACAGAAAAAAUGGAGGAAUUUACAUAAAAAUCCUUUAUUAUUAUGUGUUUUAUGAUCUCUAGAAAAAAAUUGCAAAGUAUAUAUUUUUUUUGGUUCACAAGAGUUUAUCUUUGUCACUGAAGCCUUACCAUAGCCACUCGCGCUGCCCCGGAAUCGAACCAACCCCCAAAAGGAUAUCGAGCGGACGCUCUAUCCACUCGACCAACCGAACCACUGGAAGCUCUUCUUCUUUUCCGAGGGAAGAGAGAGAGGAAAUUUUUUCGGAACUUUCGGUCGAUUUUUCUCGUCGGCCAUGCUUAUUUUGCAGCUGGAAAUUGCCUUUUUUCACCAUAGUCGACCUGCUCUAUCCACCUGUACCAGUCAUUUUCCUUAACGCUGGGGGAAGUUCAGACCAUUCCCUUGUUAGCCCCACGAUCUUAUACUUUAUAUUUUGCGAAACGCCGAUCGAUAAGCAAAAACUUUCGGACUGCACCCUCGCGAACAGCAGGUCGGGUAGCACAAUGAAGACCAUUGGGCUGUAUUUUGUAGGAUGACAAAAUCGGAGGCCGACUGAGGGCUUGUAUUUUUUGGGGUAUUUAAGCUUGAGGAGAUGAAUUUAGAUGGUUAGAAUUUAAUUAUAAGGCUUAUGAGUGGGUGGUUGGCUCACAAUCAGUGUAAGAUUUUGUGGAAGAUAAAAAGGGGGGUAGGCGGUGGGAGGAGUUACGUUACAGGAAGCUUUAAGAGAGGUGAAAAGUCUUGGUUAUCUGCCCUUUUCUUCGUCUUCCUUUUUUGAUAUACAUACAUAAAACUCAUCGUGGAAAAAAGUUGCCUCUGGAGACGUCUGUACGUUGACGUCAUGGUUGUUUUGUUUGUCUUAUGGCUCACAUUUGUAUAUUGGAAGCUUAGUUCUGUCUAUCCUCUGGUAAAAUCCUACAAAAAUUAACCUAAAAAUACUCCAAAAUCCCCAAACUGAUUUCCGAUUUAGUAAUUGCGACUUCUGCGUAACCGACGACCGCUGCGGAUUCUGCACACCGCUGACUGUGGCCAAAGUCGGUGUUUGUCUGCCCUUGGACCCGCUCCAUCCGGAUAUCCAAUCCUCCACUGGGUUCUGCAAAUCCUCGAUCAAAGACAACUCAACGAUCGCCUUCGAUUGGUCGGAUCUAGUUUGUGAGACGAAAUUCACAAUGGCCCCACUCGCGUUGAUGGUGGUCUACUUGCUCUUCUUCAGCGCCGGAUUCGCCCCAAUCCCGUGGGUCCUGAACGCCGAGUUCUAUCCGCUGUGGGCGCGCGGAACUUGUGUUUCGAUUACGACUUUUGUGAAUUGGUCCGCGAACCUGGUGAUCUCGUUGACAUUCUUGUCUCUGACCAAUGUGCUGUCUCGGUUCGGAACGUUCUAUCUUUACUCGGUGAUCGCGUUGAUUGCGUUCCUGAUCUUCAAAAAGUUCGUCCCCGAGACGAUGAAUUGCUCCUUGGACGAGAUUGAACAGUUGUUCAUGGCGGCCGAAACACGCUCCGUCAUGGUCGAGAAUAUGAAGGCAUCGUUUGAGACUAUGAGGACGACCAAGUACAAGGAUGGAGAAGACACAAGAAACACGGGUUCUUACCCUAUUUAUGAUCAUUAG